AUGGGUGCCGAAGCCAACACCGACAAACCGCAUUCCCACCAUGCGAUUCCGAAAGAUAUUCCCGAGGACAAGGGUCUGAAGAAUGAAGCUGCACCUGGUAUUCCAUACUUCACGCCGCUGCAAGACCCGCCAGCCGGAACUGCUCUUGGUAUGACCGAUGGCAGCUCCAAGAUCCCCAAGCUCUUCACCCCACUUAAGCUCCGCGGAAUGGAGAUGCAAAACCGUAUUGCACUAUCGCCUCUAUGCCAAUACUCAGCUGAAGACGGCCAUCAAACAGCAUGGCACCUGACCCAUCUUGGCGGUAUCAUCCAGCGUGGCCCAGGACUUACCAUAGUAGAAGCUACUGCUGUACAAGCAAAUGGCCGAAUUACGCCCGAAGACUCGGGUCUCUGGAAGGACUCUCAAAAAGAGCCUCUUCGCAAGAUCGUCGAGUUUGCACACUCACAGGGCCAGAAGAUCGGUAUUCAGCUCGGCCACGCCGGUCGCAAGGCCAGCACUGUUGCGCCGUGGUUGAGCAAGGGCGAUAUUGCGGGCAAGGAACUCAACGGCUGGCCCGACAAUGUCCAUGCUCCUUCUGCUAUUGCCUUCAACGACAACCAUUGCCAGCCCAAGGAGAUGACUCUCGAUGACAUUGAGAAGCUCAAGUCCGACUUCAAGGACUCUAUCAAGCGUGCUGUUGAUGUUGGUUUCGACACGAUUGAGAUCCACAACGCCCACGGAUAUCUCCUACACUCCUUCCUUUCGCCCGCCUCCAACCACCGCACCGACAAGUACGGUGGCUCAUUCGAGAACCGCACCCGCCUGACUCUAGAGCUUGUUGACUUAGCUCGCGCAACAAUUCCCAAGGACAUGCCUCUUCUUCUCCGAAUCAGCGCCACAGACUGGCUCGAGGAGGCCGGCAUCAACGGCUGGACCCUCGAAGAGACCGUCAAGCUCUCUGAGAUCCUCGCUGAGAAGGGUGUCGACCUACUUGAUGUCUCAUCCGGCGGUCUCCAUGAGAAGCAGCACAUUCACGGCGGACCGGGCUACCAAGAGCCAUUCGCCAAGGCUGUCAAGGACAAGGUCGGCGACAAGAUGUUUGUUGGUACUGUCGGCUCCAUCACCAAUGGCAAGCAAGCAAACGGCUACCUGGAGGAUGACAACCUGGAUGUCGCGUUUGUUGGCCGCAUGUUCCAAAAGAACCCUGGCCUUGUAUGGGCAUUUGCCGACGAUCUUGGUGUUGAGGGACGAUGGGCAAACCAGAUCCGCUGGGGCUUUGGUGGACGCGGUAAGAAGUAA